GUAACGGCACGAUAGAUUUCCCCGAAUUCCUGACGAUGAUGGCCCGCAAAAUGAAGGACACCGACAGUGAGGAGGAAAUCCGUGAAGCGUUCCGCGUGUUCGACAAGGACGGCAACGGGUUCAUAUCGGCGGCUGAGCUGCGCCACGUCAUGACCAACCUCGGCGAGAAGCUCACCGACGAGGAGGUCGACGAGAUGAUCCGCGAGGCCGACAUCGACGGCGACGGACAAGUCAAUUACGAGGAAUUCGUCACCAUGAUGACGUCGAAGUGAGCCGCCGGCUAGUGUGUGUGUAAAAAGCAGAGAAUUUAAAUAUACAUUUUGUUUCAUGACACACAAUAUUACCAUCGUAUUGGACCUGCAUUUCUCUAGUGUUUGCGAUAAAUUAAAUAUUGUCAUCGUUUCAGUUUAAUGAUGUACUUGUAACGUUGGGCGCGGACGACGGAGCGCGGCGGCAUGUCCCCGCGCUCCGUCGUCUCCGCCUUCUCUUUUUAUUUAGAUUUAAAGUAUUCCGUUAAUUUUACUAUGUAAGAAAAAUUUUAACUGUAGCGGUACAAAGGGAAAACGAAUAGGUGUGCGUCGCAAUGUGAUGGUAUAAGUCUCGGGUUCGUGUCGGCUCAUAUUUAUAUUUGUGUAUAUUGGGGCGGCCGCCGUCCUGUAUGUGUGCGUGCGUGCCUCUGUUUGCGUCGCGCCCUAGUGUCUGCGGUGCUAGCGUCCCGCACCUUUCCGAUACAUUUUAAUGUAAAUUUUUUUCAAGUAUGAGAUAUUUAUAAAGUACGUGAGGAAUAAAAAUUUAAAAAAUCCCAAAAAAAGAUAGUGUACCCGGCGGACGGCUCCCUCCGCCCGCUCCACUCCGUGUACAUUAUGAUAACGUAAUAAAUGUUUAAAUUUAACUAACUCAGUAAACGAAUAAAUUAGAUUUAUUGGUACUGCAUUAAUUGUAUCUGUAAAUGACUUGAUAAAUAUUAUAUUUCUAUUGUUGGUGAAACUAAUUCUAUCGAAAUGGAAAGUAAUCCGCUCUGUUAUUCUCUUACCACAUUUGAUUCAUUCUGUUAUUAAAUUUUACAAAAGACAUACUGAAAAUAAAUGUUUCUUCAUUUUUAGGUCAAUAAG